GACUAUGUGAAGACUUUUUUUAUCAGUGGCGUAAAUAGACUUCCAUACAACAUGAACGUAGCUGUCGAGCUAGCUGCUGUAAGUUACUGAGGUACAGAAGACUUUAACAGGCAACAGUGAUUCAGCGAGCUAGCUUAGAAAAAAAUAAAAUAAAUAAUAAAAUAAAGACGGACCGACGUUAAUGUCCACUCUGGUCUGAAUCGGGACAUCGCUGGCGUCAUCUAUCACCGACUGUCUGCAUAAGAAGAUGUAUGGAAGAAGGUCGGGAUGACAGGAAGAUGGCAAACGGGGUUGGAAAACACAAGCUGCUCGUGAUUGGACCAACAGAGCCAUGGUCAGUGAGAGAGAAGCUGUGUUUGGCCACAUCUGUCAUGAAGAGUGGAGAUCAGAACUGGGUGUCUGUGAGCCGGGCCAUCAAACCAUUUGCCGAGCCAGGACGUCCGCCGGACUGGUUUUCUCAGAAGCACUGUGCCUCCAAAUACUCAGAGCUGCUGGAAACAACAGAGGCCCCAAAGCGGAAGCGCGGUGAGAGAGGGGAGGUGGUGGAGACGGUGGAAGAUGUGAUCGUACGCAGACUGACAUCUGAGAGGAUUGAAGAACUAAAGAAGCUGAUCAAAGAAACUCAGGAAAUGCAUAGGAAGCUGAAGAAAGAGGCUGAGCUGAUUCAAACAGGACAUCUAGAUUCCAGACUGGAAGAGCUCUGGGAAGAAAUCCAGCUGAAGCAAAAGAUGGAGGAGGAGGAAGCAGAUCUGAAAAGAAAAAACACAGAUGCUGCUUAUCAGGCCAGACAGGCGGCAAGGAACGCGCCGAAGCGGAUUCCCAGCGUCUCCAUGCAUUUGCCCUCAGCUUGUAGCUCCCCGAGCCAAGAGUUCCCACCAGGGGACCAACUGGAAGGCUUGACCCUUGAUCUCCCAUCCUUAAAGAAUACUUCAGGAACAGUGAGGUCCAUGACAUUUUUUGAAACCUCCGGAGCUUGUAACGAUGACGUCGGCCACGGGGCCGGUCUGGAUGAUCCGACUCAAAAGAAGCCCCUGAGUCAAAAAGCUACGCCCCCACCAUCUCCACUCCUGUCAGAGUUACUGAAGAAAGGCAGCAUCUUGGCCACAAAUGCCAGACUGAUUGGCGAGGUGGACGGGUCGACUGGUACCUUAACAGGAGCGCAGGACUUACAGUUGACUCUUUGCUGUCAACCUCAGUCUCAAGCAACAGGGGCCCCGAUGCUGUCCCGUCUGCUGGAGGCAGGUCCCGCCCAGUUCUCCACCCCGUUGGGUUUUAUGGUCGGCGCAGACUCUGCUUCGGGUGUUUCUGUCUCUGCUGCCACUCCUGUUCCCGCUGACUCUACGGUCUCAGCAACUACAGAGGGGGAUGUGACGGCCCCCUCCGAGCACCCUGAGUGCCGUCCUGAGUCUACGGAAGAAAAGGUGGCGCAGCUCAGCGAGGAGGACGUGACCGUGUCCUACAUGGGCGACGAGCUGGAUCUGAAGACAGUGGGAGACAUCAUCGCCAUCAUAGAAGACAAGGCAGAUGAGGCUGCAGAGGCUUUGGAUGCGGCUGCAGUGGAAGCUGCUCUGUCCCUCUGUGAAGAGAAUGUCCACGCUCUGUCGGGAUCCUGGGACACCGGGCCAUUCCAGCCCCAGGAGCCYCACCCCACGGUGGCUGCGGUGGUCGCACAGUCCCCGCCAUUUCACCGUAGCCUGGACAGUAGAGCGGAGGCGUCGCUGUCCUCCCUGUACAACAGUCCAGACAACAGCCUCGCCGUGUUUCCUGUGGAGCUAAGGAGCUUCCCUAUCACCUCCUCGUGUCACUCGAAGACGUCAGAGCGCCGCAGCAGUGCAACACCUCCACAGGCCGAUGCAAAAAGAGAGACGGGGGACCCCGGCAAACCCGUUUCUACGGAUGGCAGCAAGGAAAGUGAAAGGGAAAAUAAGCCACAGCUAAAAUGUGAAAAAAACUAUAGAGACUCAGUAUUAGAAGAUCACCCACAGACAGACUGGCAACCAGAGGAGACAAAGGGAGAGGAUGGAGUCGGCACUGGGGAAGGAGAGGACUCCUCGGAGACGAAAGCAGACAGCGAGGUCAUCGAGCCCGAGGUGUGCGAGGAGGACGAAGGCGACGGGGUGGAGGAGUUCUUCUCCGAACCGGACGGGGAAAUGGAGCUGGAGCCCGCGGCCAGCGAGAGCGAGGACGGGUACAGCCUUCACACGGCGUCCUCGUCCCUGCAGCUGCACACAACCGCAGACUCAAUCCCCAGCAGCCCCACCUCAUCGCAGUUCUCGAUGUGCAGCGAGGACCUGGAAGCUCUGCAGGCUCACAAGAUCUGGAAGAAAGCCAUAAUGCUUGUGUGGCGUGCAGCAGCCAAUCACAGGUAUGCAAAUGUUUUUCUUCAGCCAGUAACGGAUGAAAUUGCACCUGGAUACCACAGUAUUGUACACAGGCCCAUGGAUCUGGCCACCAUAAAGAAGAACAUCGAGAUGAGUUUGAUCCGGACCACCGCCGAGUUCCAGCGGGACAUCAUGUUGAUGUUCCAGAACGCGGUCAUGUACAACAGUCUGGACCACGACGUGUACCACAUGGCCCUGGAGAUGCAGCGGGACGUCCUGGAGCAGAUCCAGCAGUUCCUGGCCACGCAGCUCAUCAUGGAGACGUCUGAGUCCGGCAUCAGCGCGAAGAGCCUGAGGGGCCGCGAGAGCACGCGCCGACAGGACUCCACUGACAAGGACACUGUGUCCAUGUCUUCGCCUGCCUUCCUCCUUUCUCUUUUUGAUGGCGGCACCAGAGGGCGCCGUAGUGCCAUAGAAGCUGACCUCAAGAUGAAGAAAUGAAAACUAGUUAUUUUUUUUUUUUAAUGGUGGGACUGAGAUUGUUGCUCAGCGGCUCGUUCUCAGUCUGAGCUCUUUACUUCCUCUUCAGACUGAACAGAAGACUGACACAGAGGGGUUUAUUUCUCCUCAGACAGCUUUUCAGACAUGGAUUAUAUCUGUAUAUUCCCAGAUUACUGUGAACUCAAACCUGUGUUUGAUGUAACAGCAGAUCACCUUAACCUGUUCUCAUCUGCUUCUGUACAGAACCAAUAAUCCAACUGGAUUCCCCCCACUCGUUCAGACUGAAUUCAUGCGUGCUCAAGUUCUGGUUCUGCGUAUGAUAAAAGUUACUCCUUACUUCCUUACAGUUACAAUUUUAACCCAUUUCCCCCAGAAUAGUGUGUUUGUUUUAUAUUAUGUAAAACCAAAGGUCAAAGAACCCAAUUAGUCCUCAUUUUCUAAUGAUUUGCACUGAAAUGUGAGCAGAGGUCCAGAUUCACCACAAAAAGACGUUUAUAUGGCUUCAUUUUAAAAGUUUUUCAGAUCAUUUUAAAUAUGGCAGUGCAUGUGUGUGUGUGUGUGUGUGGUGAACUGAUUUCAUCUUUGUGUACAAUUAGGAUAUUUGUUUCAGUGCUUUUGAGAAAAUAACAUUUCUAAAUUUUUGCAGACUCCACAGUGGUAACACAAUAAAACUGUCUUCACCUUGUGUAAUAAUUACUACAAACGUGUUGUGAAAUGAAACCUAUGAGUUAAGAUUGAGCUACAAGUAAGAAAAAGGUAACUUCCAACUUUAAUAUUUCAUCACGUUUAAAACCUACACCUACAGAAUAAAAAAAUUAAUAAAGAACGGGUGACCUUAUUGUCGCUCUCUGAUGUAGGUUUAAUGAUAAUAAACAGUUUUUAAUUUCA